CAUUUUCAUGAUCAUUGUAUUAUUGAGAAUAUCCGGGAGGAAUCGAGUAAAUUUGGUUAGAAAAAAUUGCAAGAGGAUCUUUUAUCAAGAGUUUUCAAAAUAGAAGUGAAAGUGCAAAGUGUCACGGAAGGAAAACGUAUGAUAAGAAAAAAGAUAUCUAGUAGAAAGGUAUUAGUAAUUCUUGAUGAUGUUGAUAAACUUAGCCAACCAGACGCGUUAGCCGGAUCACAUGAUUGGUUUAGUAGUGGGAGCCGGAUAAUAAUAACAACUAGAGAUGAACAUUUACUAAAAACUCACAGAGUAAACAGAGGUUUGUCAUGUGAGAUUAUUAUCACAAGACGAGUCUAUCAUGCUCUUUAAGAGACAUGCAUAUAAUGUAAAAGACCCGGUAGAAGAUUACAAGACACUUUCAUUACAUGUGGUUUCUUAUGCUGCUGGCCGGGCUUCCAUUGGCACUUAAAAAUUUUAGGUUCAUUUCUGUAUGAUAAAAAGAAAAAUGAGUGGCUGAGUACCUUGGCUAGACUAAAAGAUAUUCCAGAAAUGGAAAUUCUGGAAAAGCUCAAAAUUAGCUAUGAUGGGCUUAAAACUGUGGAAAGAGAAUUAUUCUUGGAUAUUGCAUGUUUCUACAGGAGAGAGUGGUUUAACAUAGAUGAUGCAAUGAAGAUACUUGAAGCUUGUGAUUUUCACCCUGAAAUAGGGGUAGAGGUCUUGAGACAGAAGGCUCUUAUCACUAUUGUGGAUAGUAGUUCGGGUCGUAAGUUUGAUAUGCAUGAUCUUGUUGAAGAAAUGGGACACUAUUGUUAGAGGAUAACAUCCUAAGAAUCCUAAAAAACAUAGCAGAGUUUGGAAAGAUGAAGAAAUCAUAAACAUGUGUUUCGGGGAUGUAACAAUGGAAAAUGACAAAAUUGAAGCCAUAUAUUAUGAUAAUUAUUCAAAUUAUCAUGACCAUUCAUCACGCUUCUAUAAGAUUAUCUCAAAUAUGAAGAAAAUGAGGUGGCUUGUUGUAACUAUGCGCGAUGAAAAGUGUGGAGGGCCUACUUUUCUUUCAAAUGAGUUGCGGUAUUUUUUUUUAUGGCAAGGGUAUCCUGCAAGUCCAUUCCCAAGCAGUUUCCAACCAAUGAACCUUGUUGUUCUAAAAUUGAGUAGCAUGCAAAAAGAAAUUUGGAAGGGUUUCAAGCAUCUACCACACUUGAAAGUGCUUGAACUCGAGCAUAUGUAUAAGCUACUCAGCACACCAGAUUUUGAUGGACUCCCGUGUCUUCAAAAGUUGAUACUUUAUGGAUGUAAUGAGCUAAAAGAGAUUCACCCGUCACUUGAAAAUCAUACAAGUCUUGAAUACAUAAGUAUAUCUCUUUGUCCAAAGCUUCUUGAAUUGCCAGAGCUCCCAUCAAGUUUAGCUAUUCUCCAAGCUGACUUUUGUGACUCACUUACAAGCCUUGUAGAUUGUUACAAAAAUUGUAAAUGGUUAUGUCAAGCCUCAAUUAUGGGAGGGAGUAUCAUAAAUGAUGGUGACAAGCUACUACAAUUCAUGCUUGAGGGAAAGGCUGUUGAAAAUGGUUUUGUGCAUCUUCGACUUCAAGGUGUUGAGGUUGUAAAGGGGUUUACACCUCAUCUACUUAGAGGGAGUACAUGCAGAUUGCAACUUUCAGAGAAUUCGUGCAAUGAGUUUUCCGGUUUUCUAAUGUGCGCUGUUUUAUCAUACAAGUCCGCUUGGGUAAGCAGGUCUUCAGUACAAAUAAGUAUGAAUGAGGUGACGAGUGGUAUGGAUUCUCAAGAUGUUGCGGUUUGGGAGGUGACGGACAAUGGUAGUGAUAAGCAUACAUUUAUGUGGUUUGUUUCACUUGGUUCAUUGAGACAUGCUACAUGGUGGAACCAAACACACAAAUCUCUUUCGUUUGAAAUUUAUAACAACCCUCCUAGAACCCUUAAUGUGACCCUAGAUGUCCUAAAAUAUACCCCGUACAUGAGAAACAAACCCGAAAUACCUUUGUACUUGUGA